CACGGCUCGUCCCGGGCGCUCGCCCCCGAUAAUGCAGAGCUACAAGUACGACAAGGCGAUCCCGCCGGAGAGCAAGAAUGGGGGCAGCCCGGCGCUCAACAACAACCCGGCCAAGAGCAGCAGCAAGAAAGCCCUGCUCAUCUGCCUCGACUGCCUCUGCCUCGUCAUGGCCGGGUUGCCUUUCCUUAUCAUUGAGACAAGCACAAUCCAGCCCUACCAGAGGGGCUUCUACUGCGACGACGACAGCAUCAGGUACCCGCAGAAGAACGUGGAAACCAUCAACGACGCGGUGCUGUGUGCUGCAGGCAUCCUCAUCGCCAUCCUCGCGAUUAUAACGGGAGAGCUCUACCGCAUCCACUACCUGAAGGAGAAAUCCCGCUCCUUCAUCCAGAACCCCUACGUGGCAGCUCUCUACAAGCAAGUGGGCUGCUUUGUUUUUGGCUGUGCCAUCAGCCAGUCCUUCACAGACAUUGCCAAAGUGUCCGUCGGGCGCUUGCGGCCGCAUUUCCUGGCGGUUUGUGACUUGGAUUUCUCCACCAUCAACUGCGCCAAGGGAGUUUACAUCCAGAACUACACCUGCAGGGGAAGUGACAGCAGGGUGCAGGAAGCCAGGAAAUCCUUCUUCUCUGGGCACGCGUCCUUCUCCCUGUACACCAUGCUGUACUUGGUGUUCUAUCUGCAGGCCAGAUUCACGUGGAAGGGAGCCCGGCUGCUCCGUCCCCUGCUGCAGUUCACCCUGAUCAUGAUGGCCUUUUACACCGGGCUGUCCCGCGUCUCCGACCACAAGCACCACCCCACCGACGUGCUGGCAGGCUUUGCACAGGGAGCCCUGGUGGCUUACUGCGUGGUGUUUUACGUCUCAGAUCUCUUCAAGCCCAAGACAAAGACUUGCCUGCCUCCACCUCCCAUCCGGAAGGAGAUCCUUUCACCUGUGGACAUCAUUGAGAGGAAUAAUCAUCACAACAUGGUGUAGAACUUCAAGGAAUCAGAUGGGUGUUGUAUUUUAAACUUUUUUUUUUUUUUUAAAAAAAAGUGACUGCUGACAGCAACUACCUGCUGCUCUCAAAUCUCAUCAGACAGUAGAAUGUAGGGAGAGACUUUCUUGCCCGACCAGUAAAGUCUUACUCUGUGGUCUUUUCAACUUGCGACAUUUGGAUGAAAGGGGUGGUGGUGGUCAACUAAGGCAAAGGUGACAAUGAAAAAGGAGAAAAACAAAACCCACACUACACAAAAAGCCGAACAAACAAAGAGAGGUGCCGGAGUUCUGGAUGUGCAAUUGGUUUGAGUGUUCAUGUUGUAGUGAACGCCAAAUUGUUCCCAGCCCAGUGAACACUAAGGGAUUUUUGGAAAGCUGGCCAUCCUAGGUUUUUUUCUGACUAUGAAGAUUUCAAUGCCUGCGAGAAAAAAACCAACUCACGACUAAAUUGUAUAGCACUACGUAUGAGCAACAGCACUGAGUCAAGACCUGGGAUUGGUUUGUAAGAGUUGCUUUUUUCUCUUCUUGAUCCUAGUUUAUUUUUGCCUCCUCUCUUCCAUACUGUGACUUAAUUUAGAAGAAGCUUGCCCAGUCCAAGGUCUCCAAAGGGUCUCUGCUCUCUCUGCUCACACUACACGCCUUUAACGAGCGGCCCGAGACGUGCAGUGAGGCCGGAGCUCUCCUUCCUCCGCAUAGAGAAGCCACAUUUCCUCCUCCCUGCUCGCUCCCUGCCGAGGGCUCAUCCCACCCGAGCCUCCCUAAAUGAAAAGAGCAUCCUCCACUUCCCAGCCAUCCCAUUUCCCCCAGAGGAAAAUCCCAGCAGGUUCCAUGCACGGGAGCCGCGGGUU